UGCCCCGAAGAGAAGGGUCUAGCAGACAUCUUAACAGAUGAAUCAUCCUUGGACGUCAAAGAUAUUGAGGUAAAAGAAGAGGAAAGUUUUGAAUCAAAUGAGAACCUGGAGGAGCAGAUUCAAACAGCAGAAGGGGAAGGUGAAACACGUUUGAGGGAAGCCGAAGCAGAAUCUGAUGAACGGGUCAAAAAUGAUAUUGCUCCUGAAGAGAAGGUUCUGGAAACCAUCUCAAAAGAUGAAAUGGCCUUGGACAUUGAUGAUGCUUAUGUGCAACUGCAAGCAGAGGAAAAUUCCGACACAAAAGAGUUCUCGGACAAGGAGAAUCCGACAGCAGCAGAUGAAGGUGAAGAGAAGAUAGCACAUGGAAAUGUAGUUUUGAAUGACACCGCUGGAGUGCAAAUUCUUGAAGAAGCAGAACCGAAAGUGGGAGUCGAAGAGGAGAGUUGCAAAUCAGAAGCUCAACCUGAAAAGACUAGCACGAUAGUUGAAGAGGUCUUUGAUGAGUCAAAGAUCACAGGCAGAGAUUUCAACACAGAAGAAAUCGUAGAAGGCAAUGUCGCAUGUUUUACACAAGAAUCAAUUGGAGAGGAUACAGUUAACAAAUCCCAAGAAAUUGAAACUGAGAAUAAAAAUUUAAAGGAAGAGGGAAGCUGUAUAGAGAGCUUAAAAGAAGGCAGCGGUGAUGAUCUCUCACCGGAGUACAUUGGAGAAGAUGAAAGUGAAACGCUCAAAGAUGACCAAAAGGAUGAAGUGAAGUCCAGAGGAGAGAUUCUUAAAGAGUCACAAGCUGAUGGAGUAGAUGAGAGCAUCACAGGUGAGACAACUAUGAUUGCUGAAAGGUCUGAACAGAUUGUUACUUCACCGGUGAAAUAUGAAGAAGGCGAGCAGGGAGAAAGUAGCAGUCCAGUUUCGAAGGAGGAGGGUAGCAAUGAGGACACGUUUUCUACCAAAGUGGCUGAAGAGGGUGAUGAUGAUAAUGGUGCAGUCACGGUUAUAGAAACAAGUGCAGACGUAAAUGGUGAAGAAGGUUUACCACAGGCCGUGCAGAAAUAUGAACCAGUCGAGGGGCAUGAAAAGAUGCUCGACCUGAUGCCUGAAGAAAGUAAGACAGAAUCGAGCGAAAAUGCUGAAGUAGUUACCUGCACAGAAGAGGAAAUAAAAAUUCAGAACAUACAAGAAUCCUUGGAUGAAGAAAAGAAAGAAGAAGAGACAACACCUGUGAAUGAUACGAAAGAAAAUGAAACUGAAGUAGAGGAGGUGUUUGAGAUUGCAAGUACGGAACAAGAAAUGGGAGAACAGGCAACGCGGGAAAUUGAUACAGUUGAGGACAACACUCAAGAGUUCAAUGACAAAGAAACAACCGAAGAAAAUUUGAACGAAUAUCAGGUGUCAUUUGAGGCAGCUGAUUCGAGUACAGAUAUUGUUGGAAAGAACUCAGAUGAACAGGCCAGUCGAGAACUCUCUUCUUCGCCGGUAGGAGAAGACACAAGUACCGAAAGCUCAAAGCAAGAAGAAAGCUAUGUUUUGAGUCUGAAAGAAGAGGAAAACAAAGCCACACAUGCUCCUACUUCAGAGGAACAAACCCACACAGACUUGAAGGGAGCCAAAGCAGAAACCAAAGAGCAGGUCAAAGAUAUUGAAAUUGAUCAUGAAGAGAAGGGUCUAGCAACCAUCUUAACAGAUGGAGCUGCCUUGGAAAAUGUUGACUCAGAAGAGUUUUCAGAGAACCAGAUUCCAACAGUAGCAGAUGAAGGCGAAUACAACACUGAGCUGGCGGGAGAUAAGGCCGUGGAUGAAAGCUUUCAAGUGCAAAGCCUUGAGGAAGCAGAGCCAAAAUUGAGAGUUGAAGAUGAGAGUUGCGAAUCAGAAUACCAUCCCGAGAAUAACACCAUGAUAGUUGAAGAGCCUCAACUGCUAGAACAGGUCGUGGAUGAGCCAAAGAGCACUGAUGGAGAUUCCUGUGAAGGACAAACCACAAAACGCAAUGCUGCAAUUUGUACACCAGAAAGAAUUCAAGAAGGAACUGCUAAGAACUCUCAAGACAGUGACAAAGAGACAGAAAACUCACAGGAAGAGAUACUUAAAGAGCUAGAGAUCGCUGGAGUAGGUGAGAGCACCACAUAUGAAACGAAUCAGAUCAAUAAAACAUCUGAAGAAAUUUUUGAUGCUUCACCAGUGAAGUAUGAAGAGGACGGCCGGGAGAAUGUAGUAGUCAAGAUUCAGCAAAAGCUUCAAAGGAGGAGGAUGUUACUGAAGACGAUGACAGUAAUGGUGCAGUCACAGUUACUGAAUCAAAUGCAGAGGUAACAUCAAAAGGGGAGGAAGAUUCAGCACAGCCUUUGGAGAAAUAUGAACUUGAAGAAGAGAAGGUACCUGUCAAAAUUAGUGAUGUAGCAGAUGCGAAAGAGGUUUGUGACGUGGAGGAUAAAUCUUCUUUUGCCGAAAAGACAACAGAAG